AGUUCCGGUAAUCGACCGAAAGGAAAAUGAUAAAGUUUAUACUGAUACAGAACAGGGCAGGCAAGACUCGCCUCGCCAAGUGGUAUAUGCACUUUGAUGAUGAUGAGAAGCAGAAACUCAUAGAGGAAGUACACGCUGUGGUCACUGUGAGAGAUGCAAAACAUACCAACUUUGUUGAGUUCCGAAAUUUCAAGAUAGUGUACAGAAGAUAUGCUGGUCUAUACUUCUGCAUAUGUGUGGAUGUCAGUGACAACAACUUAAUGUAUCUAGAAGCUAUUCACAAUUUUGUGGAAGUUUUAAAUGAAUACUUCCACAAUGUCUGUGAAUUAGAUCUAGUGUUUAAUUUCUAUAAGGUCUACAGUGUUGUGGAUGAAAUGUUCCUUGCAGGAGAAAUUCGAGAAACAAGUCAGACGAAAGUGUUAAAACAGCUUCUGAUGUUGUCUUCAUUGGAAUGAUAAAACUAUAAUGACUUAGUAUUAUCAGGUAUCAUUGUCAUCUUGCAUUAGUGACCUUCACAAUUCUUGAUGGGAAGAAUUUUGGUUUGUAUAUAAAAAAAGUGCUCACCUUUUUUUAUCAGAAGUAAUUAGUAUUCUAUUGAUGGAUCCAGGUUUUUUACCCAACUGUUAAACUGAAGGCAGAUUUACUACCAUUUGGUCCACGGAUGAGUAACAGACAGCUGUGUACACAGGAUUCCCUAUCAGGACAUUUGUAUCAUAUGAAACUGUUCAACUUUUACUAUCGAAACAUAGAGUUAUUGUUAUUAUGAUGUAAAAUUUCAGCCAACUCUAUAUGUCCUUGUAGUUUACAGCCCAAAAAGUAAGUACAUUAUAUAUGUACACUGUAUAUAGUUUUUGAAAAAUUACACUCAUGGAGGAGCCCUUAACAAAUCAACAAAUACUAGUAUAUUAAACAGUGUUAGUGUGUACGUAUGGCAUUAGUGUAAACUUCGGCCUGAUGGUGUUUCUGUUUAAGUGCUUCAUGUGUUGAUGUAUUUUUGUUAGUGACUGAAUUUCCUCAUUUGUAUGUAAAUGUCAAUUGUAUUAAAGCAUUCCAGUAGCAUGUCAUGGAACGUAAGGUUGUUUUGUCUGGAAUCAACAGUACUGUCAAGUCAUUUGUGAUUGUAGAAAGUGACAGUGUUUGUAUCAUACCAUUACUCAUUACAUUAACAAGGUGAAGGUCAGGUCCAUUUUAAAGGCUGUUUUCAAAUGCUAAGGAAGUGAUAUUGCUAUUUUGAGCAUACAUUAGCAAAAUUAUACAAAUAUGUGUAAUGAUGUUUGCUUUCUUUGGUACCACCAAAAACAUACUCUUAUUCUUGUUUCCAAUUCUUGCAAAAGAAUUUGGAAGCAUUUUGCUACUCAGUAAUGAAUUUAACAGCGUAGUUAACAAUUCUUCAACACUAAGCUUCUUAUCUUUGUUAUCAAUUGAAUUUUUUCCGAAUUUCAUUUUAAUUUUCUUGAAGAGAAAAUCAUUUCAUGAAAGAAAUUACAUAUAUUUUAUAUGUUGCUAAAUUAUCAUUAUUUUAAAAGACUUGUGACACUGAGUGUUGAUGGAAAAAGAAAUUAAUAAGUAGACUUUUAAUAUGAAAAGAAUUUCUUUUAAAAAGGAAACAUCUGUCACAUUUAUUUUGCUUGCACAUUUAAAUUGGUAAAUUAGAAUUAUUAAGAAAAAUGGACAAAUUUUACUGUUAUGUGGAUUAAAAUGGAAAGGAACCUAGAACUUGGUUUUUACGGCUACUGAGCUCCGUAAGUAAUUGUUUUUAAUGACAAUGCUGAUAAGCAUUAUCUUGUAGGGUAUUUUUCUUUCCUGUUUUUGUAGAAUCUCUGCUCUUUGUACAUCUCACAUAGAUAACAUUUCCUGACUUGAGAGGUAGAAGUCACCAUGAUGAGGCAUUGUUACUAUGUACUCCAUAGAGAUACAACCAGAUAUUUGUAAAAUUGGUCAGUACAUCCUUUUCUUUUGCUGUGUCAAAAUGACAAUUCACUUGUAGAUGGUAAUAUAUAUAGCUUAGCAAUUUAGGCUAUAUCCCAUUUUUACUGUCUAGACUCAAAACACCACACUUAUUUCCAACCAAAACACACAUUUUGUAGCUAUCGUCAUUUACAAGUAAUGGAUGGAAAGACACAGGCAUUUUUAUUGGUGUAAUGGUCAGAGGAAAUACAUUAGUUUGAUAAGCUUAUAGUUUGCUAGAAAGAAAUUAGUUCUGGUAACUUGUAUAUGAAAAAUUGGCAAUUUGCACAUGAAAAAAUGCCAUGGAUAAUGCAGUUUUGAAAUCAGUGGUAACAGCCGGUAGUAUUACAGGUAAUAAAGAGAUUCUACUUUAGGUUCAACCAUUUACAUAUAUCUGUUAAAACCUGUGUAAAAAGUCACCAGAAACUUAAUAUUCUUGGGUGAUAUAACAAUAAGAUUCAUUUAUGUGGGGAGUCAUUUUCUUGUGUUCUGUAUUUGUCGAUAAACUGUUAUCAUGACUUUUCUUAACUUUUCGAAUGUUCAGAAAGCUGGUAACUGUACCUGGCUUUCAUUAGUAAUUCAAUCGAGUAAAGCCAGUUUGUGUCAGAAAACCACAGUGAAUUCUGAGGAAAGUGUUUAUAUAGCUGUAUGUAUUUAUAUAGAUAUGUAGAAUCUAUUGUUACUACCAAGUACCAACACAAUGUGCAAUUAUUUAAGAACAAUAAAAUAUGUACAAACA